ACGUGACCGGGGCGGGGGAAGAUGGCGGAGCCGCCCGGUGCCGCGGCGGAGGAAGCGUGGGGGAAGGUGGACGCCGCGUACGGGGACAGCGGCCCGGAGCCGGCGCUCUUCAUGGACGGCGCGCGGAAGGGCAGCGUGGUGUCCCGCGCCAACAGCAUCGGCUCCACCAGCGCCUCCUCCGUGCCCAACACCGACGACGAGGACAGCGAUUACCCCCAGGAGCACUACAAGGAGUCCUACAAAGAUCAGCGCCGCCGGGCGCACACGCAGGCGGAGCAGAAGAGGCGCAACGCCAUCAAGAAAGGCUAUGAUGACCUGCAGGCCAUCGUGCCCACCUGCCAGCAGCAGGACUUCUCCAUCAGCUCCCAGAAGCUGAGCAAGGCCAUCAUCCUCCAGAAAACCAUUGAUUAUAUUCAGUUCCUGCACAAGGAAAAGAAGAAGCAAGAAGAGGAAGUUUCUACACUCAGAAAAGAUGUGAUGGCCUUGAAGAUAAUGAAAGUGAACUAUGAGCAGAUAGUAAAAGCUCACCAGGACAACCCAAGUGAGGGGAAGGACCAGGUCUCUGAUCAGGUGAAAUUCAAUGUUUUCCAAGGCAUUAUGGAUUCCCUCUUCGAGUCCUUUAAUGCCUCCAUCUCAGUCACGAGUUUUCAGGAGCUCUCAGCAUGUGUCUUCAGCUGGAUUGAGGAGCACUGUAAGCCCCACACUCUACGGGACAUCGUCAUGGGGGUCCUGCACCAGGUGAAGAGUCAGCUGUACUGAGCAUUCCCUCACUGGAGCACCUCCUGACCGGGUGACAGAUGCCAGGAGAGGCAGGGCCGUCUCCCUUGUGGUUGUCCUUAAAGCUUCUCCAAUUAUUUAUUGUCACUACAAAACCAAAACAAGGCUGUGCAAACGUCUCUGCUCCACAGGUACUGUCACAGUCAACAUCACCAAAUACUGCUAAGGACUUAGCAAAGGGAAAGAAAAAAGUGUGUAUUGAAUACAGAUCUUUUAAGUUGCCGGAGUCUUAAGCUCAGUUUGCCUGUGCUACUGACUCCAGGGCUGCAGCUCAGCAGGUGAAACAGAUCUGCUCUGUAACUUCAGACCUGAUAAAAAAAAACCCUUUUGAUCCUGGGAGCAGAGAGAAAUAGGAGAGUGCUAAAAGCUGUUGUUCUCUGCUAAUACUGAUUAGGAAUAGGGUUCUCCUGCAACUGCAGGCUUUCAAUACCUCCCUCCGAAGCAGCUCUUAGAAAACCAAGAGGCUGCUUUAACUUCUGUAGACGCUUUUGAAGAGGCCUGGAAGAACUGAGGGAAGGGUUAGCAUGUCACUGCCAGGGAGAUGCUUACAUGGAGCAGCAGCGAGCUCUCCUCGUGCUGGAGUGCGCUGGGGCCUUGCUGUCCUGACCUCCUCAGUCAUAGCAGUAACACCCCUGAAUGGGAAAAGGGAGUGAACUUUUUUUGCAUUCUUUUCCUGCUUGUACUGGUGAGUGCUGAACUGUGCCUGGCUUCGUCUUUUUCCAGGUUGUGAUGUAGCCAUACUGAACAGGGAAGUAGUUCAGUAGCUGCAGCACAGCACUACUGUGAGUUCUCACUGCUGUUCCUUAGCACUAUAAUUUUAUGUGGGUAUAUAUAUUUAUAUACAUGUAACCAGCCUUGAUUUUAUCUUAUAGAUCACUGAAAUCAUUGUAAAGUAUUAUCAAUGCCAGUUUUGCAGUGUCUAACUUGCCACACGCUGCUGCUGUCAGUGUGAUGCAACUAACCAAGCACAAUGAUUGCAUUGGACAGCAUCAUUCUCCAUGGCAUACAGCAGGAUUUGUUCUCUAAUUGUGUUCUUGCUACCACUCCAACAGUAGCAACUAUUUAUUUUGCAUUGUUUUUCCACUGUGGAUGAGGUAAUGCUAGGUUUCUCAGCUCCGGGUUGCUUGAUUUGAAUACUGCAGCUUGAGAUUGUUUAAGCUAUUGCUUCAGUCUGACUUACUUAGAUGAAGAAAAGCAUUUUGGUGGGGUUGAUUUUUAUACAGAAUUAUUUUUCAAGCCCUGUGACCUUUUCAGUAUAAUACAACAGAAGCCUAAGAGGAGUCAAACCCUGUGGUGUUGCACAUAACUGUUGACACAUACAGGGGCAGACAUGGCCCUGGUAGGUGUUGCUUUGUGAUGGAACCAAUACUGUUGUGGAUGGACAGACUAGUCAACAGCCACGUGGCACAGCUUAAAAUUUCCUUUAGAUGCAACCUCUUGCCUUGUGAGGAAGAUGUGGAUUUUUACAGACCUCAUAUGUGAAAGUGACAUAUUUUUCUAUUAUGAAAAAUAAUUAAAUAAAUUUUGCUGAAUGUUUUAA